AUGAGGUGGUCCAGUCUACUACUACUGGGCUCGCCGGCUUGGGCAGCGUACGCGGUGCAUCCGGUGGAGCUGCCGAAACUCAACACGGACAAUUUCGGCGAGAUGGGCAUUCUGGGCGACUAUGACGGCAUUUCGCGGGUCGAAUAUGGCGGUCAGCAGAACUUUUCGUCGUUCUCAGGCUCGCAGGUGGCACAAAUAGGCCACGACUCACCGCACGUGAUAGCGCAGGUCAAUUCGUCUGUGCUGAUUAGUCUGGCCCAGGUGCAACUGACGCGAAACCAGACCAUCAAGCAGUGCCAGCUUGACAACAAUCUAUAUAUGACGGACGGAAGGGGCUUGUGGACGGUGGACAUUGCCGAGGGAACCGUCAACUCGAUCAUCACGGGCCUGAAUGGUACCAUCCACGCACUCUUCUGCGAUAGCAAGGAGGGCUCGGUGCUUGUGGGAGGAGAAAUGGAAGGAGGAGUGGCGCAGUGGGACACGCAGAAGCAGGAUUUUGCGGUUCCCAGCUUUGGAGGAUUCAAAAAUGGGUCUGUCACCGGCAUCACCAGACUGGGCGACAAUCUGGUAUUCACAGGCUCGUUUGAGGGCAUUGUCAACGACAAGGGCACCAACCACACGGUCCAGCACAACGUGACCGACAUCACCGAUCUUGAUUUGACCGGUCUGGCUUCCAACCAGACCACUUUGGAACUGCUUUCAAAUGGCCAGAAUGGUUCUAACUCGUCAGAAACUCUCCAGGAGAUUGCUCGAAAGGUGAACCAGACAAUCAACGCACCCCAGCAGAUCUCCUUCCAAUCUGCACAGAUCCAAGCCGAGGGAACAGCGGGCGAUGUGAACCCGAAGGAUAUUUCUUGUCCAGGAUCCACUUCGUGGGCUCUUACUCCCGACAGACAGGGCACCUGGCGAGCCAACUUUCCCUACUCGUUCACACCGUCGACAGUUGUCAUUGAUAAUCUUCCAGAGUCGUCUGGAGGCGGCACUGAGAUGCUGCGGUUCCUGGCGUUUCCUCUGAACGGUAUCAUGAACCUCAGUUAUGUGGACCAGGACGGACAGAAGAAGUACUGCGACGCUUUUUGUCCUAUGCCGCAAGGAGGCUCGCGUGAGUUCACCUUUGUCAACGAUAUUGGCAUGAACUCUUUCCAACUCGAUUUACUAUCCUUCUAUGGUAAUCAUGCUGGUCUUUCUGGGGUGCAAAUGUUCCAUGCUGAGCGAUUCACUUUCGCUGACAACCAGCUUAACGAAGGUAACGGGUGCUCUAAAAACAUGACGCAGGCCACAAAUGCCACCGCACAGGGUGAUUUCAGUACCCAGGGCACUUAUUUGACAUCUUCCAUCGACUCUCAACAGCAACUGGACGACACACAAGUGUCCUUUUCACCGAACGCUUCCUAUUCCGGAAACUAUACAGUGCGUCUUUUCACCCCUGGAUGUAUCCAGGACAACUCUUGUGAUGCUCGAGGUGGUGUUGAUGUCACUGUGCAGACUUCUCCCUCUGACAGUCACUCCAUGACUCUCUUCCAGACCAACAACGAGGACAAGUACGACACCAUUUUUUCUGGCCCCAUCAACGUGACGUCUGGUUUCCAUCCCUCAGUCAUUCUCAAGCCUUCCGCAGAGGGUCCCAUUCCUCGAAACUUUGUGGCUGACCGUCUUCAGUUCACCAUGACGUCGGUGUCUAACCUGACACAGAUUUUUGGUGACUCGUACCUCAACUACACCUUGUUGGGCGGCAAGAAUGGAUCUCGACUUGUGAACAGCUCCGAGAUUGUUGACAUCCGCAACAUCUUCGAGUACUCGCCUGGCAACUUUUCCACCGCCAACCAGACUGUUGGAAAUACUACUCUCAACCGACUGGGACCUCUGAUUAACGGUCGACUGACUUUCAUUGAGACUUCUGAAUCUGAUGACGGCGUUGUUCUUGCUGGUGACUUCAUUUCUCCUAUUGGAAAGAACCUGCUUCAGGUGGGCAAUGAGUCUUCUCUGUUCCCCAACUCCACCUCCGCCAACAAGACCGAUAUUGAUGGUCCCAUCACCAUUCUGACAUCUAUUGAAGGCACCAUUGUUGUCGGGACUUCGUCCGGUCUGUUUCAUCUUGAUGGAAAUGCUCUUCGUCGGAUUGACGGAGUUCCCGGCUCUGUGGAUGCGUUGGUGGAGUACACUUUCAACGACACCAGGCACGUUUGGGCAGCCACCGGCAACAACUCCAAUACCUCUGUGUUUUUCAACUCGACAACGUGGGAGAAAACUGAGCUUCCUGUGUCGGCCUAUCUUCGAGCUGGAGGCAGCAGCGAUGCUGUGACUGUUUAUCUCGGUAUGCUUUCCAUGUCGCAGGUUGAAGCCAAAGGUGCCGUUUAUCUUGAUUCUGACUUGAAUCUAGUUCCCGUCGCGAAAUUAGGCAACAGCUCUACUUUGACCAAGAGACAACAGUCCAAUGAGUCCGAUUCUAACCAGACUGCCUCCUACUACACCGGUCACUAUGUAAACGAAUCGACUCUUGUGCUUGGAGGCAGUGAUCUGACGAUUCUGCAGGAUGGUAUCAACGUGGGACCUACCAACUCGCUUGGCUACCCUGCCAAUAUCACGUCCUUGGCCUCUUCCAACUCGUCUAACAUGCUGUUUAUUGGUGGUGCCUUCUCUUCCGACAUUGGAUCGACUCAGGUGAUUAACCUCGCCUUCUAUGAUCUCGACAACAACGGCUACGCCUCUCUGCAGCCACCGGGACUCACUGGUGGCAACGUGACUCGCCUUGAGUACCGAGCGUCUUCUCAGACGCUUGUUGCAGCUGGAUCGUUCGGCAUGGCUGGUUCUCUUAUGUGUUCAGCCUUCUGCUUGUACGAUCUUGACGCUGCUCGAUGGAAUUCUCCCUCGUCGUCCAUCUCCGGAGUCGUCAACUAUCUCGAGUUUUUGUCCAACGAUGUUCUUCUUCUUGGCGGAAACAUGACGUUCGACGACCAGACGGCCUCCGUGGCACAGUUUGAUUUUUCCACCGGCGAGUUCUCGUCCAUCAUAGACGGCAACCAGACAGACUUUGAGGCCGUGCAGAUUGUCAUGACAAACGAUGAUCUUACCAAUGUGUAUGUGGUUGGCAAGAGCCCGUCUGGCCAGAAACUCGUGCACUGGAACGGUACUGUGUGGGACGAGGUGUCUAUUCCUGGUUUGGAAGACACUUCGUACAUCUCAUCCCUACAGCUGUUGCAGACUGGGGGUAAGAAGAAGCGAGACAAUGUGGUGACACUGGAUACUGAUCAGCUGCUUAUGAUCUCAGGAGACAUUCAGACCAACCAGGGCAACUUUUCGUCGGUCCUGUUUGACGGACAGUCGGUACUGCCCUUCUUGGUGACACAAAGUAAGUCGGGACAGGGAUCCAUUAACGGCUUUUUCUCACAGAGCUCCAGGUCAUACUCUCCCAUUCACAAGAAAAAGAAGAUGCGACGGGGUUUUGUGGUGCUGGUGGCGCUGGCCGUGGCUGUCGGUGUUAUGUUCCUCAUCGUGGGCAUCGGCAUCAUUGCUACUUGUCUGCGUCGACGCAACAGUGGAUACAUGUUGGCUCCUGGCCGAGUCAACGAGGCAGAAAUGACCCAGUCGGUUCCUCCGCAGAAUCUAUUCGAGGAUCUCCAUGGGUACAACAACAACCAAAAGUUUUGA